CGCGUCGCCCGUUGUUCAUGUUCGUUACUGGCGUCCGUUCAUUUCUACAAAUCGUUGAAAGAAUCCAAUCCGUUGACGCUACAAUAAUACGCCGUUCAGCAGAAUGCCUUAUAAAUCAAAAAAGCAUACGCACCUUAAAAAAAAAAUCGAUAGCUUGCUUCGCAACGCUAUUUAUGACACAUGUUACGUUCAUUUGACAAGAUUUACUGCAGAAGACAUAGUAAAUUAUAAAUUGAGCUUAAUUAAAAAUAAGGAUAAGACACCCAAAGAAGUUGAUCAUAUAUCUAAAAACAAUAAUACAUUAAAAGACAAUAAAACGUCUAAAAGCGAUAAAAGGUCAAAAUACGAUAAAAAGUCUAAAGAUGUUAAAACAUCUAGAGAUGAUAAAAAGUCUAAAGAUGUUAAAACGUCUAAAGAUGUUAAAACGCCUAAAGAUGAUAAAACAACUAAAGAAAACACAUCUAUAGACGAUGAGCCUGCUAAAAAAAAACAAAAAUUGGAUUCAAAUGGAAUAGAUGUUUUGAAAUUUGUAUUAUCUAGAGAGGGUGAAACUCAUAAAUAUAAAUCACAAUUCAAGUCUUCAUUAAAACUCAAUAAAGAAAUUGCGUCUUCCAGUACAGCAGAGGAGGUACCCAUAGUAAUUGAUUGCGAAGAAUCUACCACAUCUGCUAAUUCUUCAGCUACAAAUGUAAAACAAAGGCUCUGGGUCAAGGAUCUUAAGAAAAUGAUGGAUGCAGAUAAUUACAUAAAGUGGCUGAAAAUAAUCAAUUAUAAAAAUAAACCCAAUCAUCCAACAAAUGGCAUGAAAAAGUUAGCACUCGCUAAACUCCCUAUAAGCGGAACUAUAAGAAAACCUUUAAGCGGACUUAAAGUAGCUGACCCUAAACAGGAUGUAUAUGUCAAAAAAUAUAAGAAAGAGCAUUUAGUUAAAAUUGAAAGAUUAUACAAAAAGUAUUUCAGCAAAUCCGUACAAGAUGCUAUCGUGAUUAUUGCAAAUAUACUCAAUAUAAUUUCAAUGUCUAACAAACAUUACAAGACACGAGUGGAUGAAUCUUUUAAGAAAAGAUCUGAAGCUGAAAAACUUAAAAAAAGAUGCGAUGCCAACCGAUUACAUGGAAGACACAAAAAAAUUCUAGAAACAAAGUUGAAAACCAAUUUUGUAGACGUUGUAUCAUCUUUUGAAAUUUCAGAAUUUGAUACUGCAUUUCACAUGUUUUUUCUAAGUAUAUUAACUGUACUUCGAGUUCUGGAUCAUCGUCAAUUCAAAAGAGGCGGUAUCUUUAAAAAUGUGAUACUUUUAGUACGGGAUAGUUUGAAGAAUAGUGAUUGUGACCAUCCCAAAAUUUUUUCAAUGUUCCGAUCAAAGACAUUUCGACCUGACUGCGUUGAUUUAAUGAGUCUAAUUGAAAAUAGUCGGGAUAUUGACUCUGGAGUCAGCGAUCGCAUGUCUUUGUUUUUUAUAUCAACAGUAAACAGUUGGGAAUAUUUUCAAGCAGUUAUUGAUGCUGUCACUGGUAAUUCGAAUGAAGACCUGGCGUUAUUAAUCGAUAAUGCAACUUUUCAAUGUUCCAUUAAUUCAGAGUUUAAAGAUCCUAUAGAUUCAUCAAAUGCACAAUAUUCAGAUGACAAAAUACCAGCAACACAAACUAUCUCUAGCACUAUCAAUUCUGAUGAAAUAAUUCAAAACUGGUCCCUAGCCAAAUAUCCAGAUGGAACUUACCAACAAAUACCUGUGCUAAAGGGUAAUAGGACCCAAACCAUUGGUAACACUGCAGUAAAACUAUCAAUUUUAACUGGCCAGACGUUAAAUACCUUCUAUCAAUCAUUUUCUUCUUCACUACAUGAUAAAACUUUUGAACCUUCUACUUCUAAAGUGAUACCAACAAACAAAUGUUUUGUUGUCACGCCAACCAUUUCCCACAGUCCUUCGGUGAAAGUAACAGCAUCUUUGUCAAAAUCUGCAACACCGACACCAGCAACAACAACAACAUUUGUGAUGAUCAAACCAGCAGUUCCGAAUAAUAUAUCGAUGGCAAACAGUUCUCUUCAUAGAGCUGACGGUAACACUAUAGUAGUUGGUAACAAACAGUAUCAAUUAGUUAAGGGGCCAACAGGUAAAAUGAGAGCAGUUGUCAAUAAACCAUUUGUUAAACCACCACCAACCAUUAAGACCAAAUGCUACUCGAGAAAUUGUACCAAGUCUCCAACAAUAAUGUGCAGUAACUGUACAUCGGUGAAAUACUGUUCCCUUAUCUGCCAAGAAUAUGACUGGUAUGAUGGUCACAUAAACGACUGUCAUCAUCUGCUAAACAAAAAGUAGAGACCCUAAACGUUCCAUUACAUAUUAUAUAAAUAAUUCUAAUGUAAUAUAUUUAUAUAAAAGGCAUUU